GGUCAGCGAGGUGUUGCUAGCUGUCUCCUUCACGUCGCCCUACAGCGCAAGUCCAGUUUUGCCUUUCGUCAAACUGCUCGGAGAACUUUAACUACCCCUGCCCCCCGGAAUAAUGGCAGUCCCUCCAACAUAUGCUGACCUAGGAAAAUCUGCAAAGGACAUCUUCAACAAAGGAUAUGGGUUUGGACUGGUUAAACUAGAUGUAAAGACCAAGUCUGACAGUGGAGUGGAAUUCAAAACUUCCGGUUCAUCCAAUACGGACACCAGCAAGGUAAAUGGAAGCUUGGAAACCAAGUACAAGUGGGAUGAAUAUGGACUGACCUUUACAGAAAAGUGGACAACAGACAACACUCUUGGAACAGAAAUUUGUGUUCAGGAUCAGAUCACCAAAGGGCUGAAACUUACAUUUGAUACUACAUUUUCGCCAAACACUGGCAAGAAGAGUGGCAAAGUUAAGUCUGCCUAUAAACGAGAAUACCUCAACCUUGGUGUGGAUGUAGACUUUGAUUUUGCGGGCCCCGCAAUCCAUGGUGCAGCGGUAGUGGGCUAUGAGGGAUGGCUUGCUGGCUACCAGAUGACCUUUGACACUGCCAAAUCAAAGAUGACCCAGAGCAAUUUUGCAGUUGGCUACAAAACCGGGGACUUCCAGCUGCACACUAAUGUUAAUGAUGGUUCAGAGUUUGGUGGGUCCAUCUACCAGAAGGUGAAUGACGAGCUGGAGACCGCUGUGAACCUGGCCUGGACAGCAGGCAGCAACAGCACUCGCUUUGGCAUUGCUGCAAAAUACCAGCUGGACCCCAGUGCAUCCAUAUCGGCUAAGGUGAAUAAUUCCAGUUUGGUAGGAAUUGGCUACACCCAGACUCUGCGGCCUGGUAUGAAACUAACCCUAUCUGCAUUGGUGGAUGGAAAAAGCAUCAAUGCCGGUGGUCACAAACUAGGUCUGGGACUGGAGCUGGAGGCAUGAUUAUCUUCUCAGCCAUCUCAUAUCUGCUGGAUUAUCAACAGCAUCUGGC